GCAUCCAACAACUUCUCUCUCUCUCAUCACUCUAUUAAUGCUCUCUCUCACUCUACUUCAGAGCACGCCGAUCGAUUUCUCUCCCCAAAACCGCCAUGGCGGAGUCCGAAACCGCGUCCGCAGGCAAAUUCCGGUACCGGAGGCUGAGAUACAGCGACGAAUUUGAGGAGUCGUUCGGAAGAUCCAGGCGACGAUCAGGGAUCAGGUUCGGAAUUGUCGGAAGGGCUUCGAUUAGGAGGAGGCUGAAGAAGCUCAAAAUCCCUAGCCUCAGGAAGCUGCUGAGGAAGAAAUCGCGGCUCGUGAAAGCCAUGAGAGGCUCCAUUUCGAAGGUGGUCAAGAGAUUCAAAGACGGAGAAGCGUAUUUGGGAGAUCUUUUCGCCGGAAAUUAUCUGUUCCUUCAAGUUAAUCCCAGCUCCAUCAAAUACCUCAACAAGCAAUGCGCCGCCCUUCAAAGCUUCGCUCCCAAAUAUUCUCUCCCAACCUAUAAUUAAUGGUAAUCACUAAUCAAAGCUUUAAUUAGUGUUUUAUUUUCUUUGAUUCUGUUUUAUUUAUCAGAUCUCUGCUUGGAUGGGAACUGGGAAGUAUCCUUUACAGUUUAAUAUUUAUUUUACUUUCCUCUUUCAAUUUCUUUAA